CUGGUUGCUACCAUUGUGCAAGGACCUUUAGAUGCUGCUCAGCCCUCCUUGUCAGGUGAGAUGCAUCCUAUUAAUCCUGCAGUCCCCUCUCAAUUGUUCUCAUCGCCCAGCCCUCCAAUAGAUUCCAGAGUAUCUGACAAGCUUAAGGCCAAGAUAUGGAACAAUGAGUAUUUUGAGUUGAGAGCCCUACUGACUAAUACAGUGCAUGAAAGUCGAUACCAAGUUACUUUAGCUAGGACAACUGCUGAGCAGUUGCCCUCUUUAUAUCUGGAGCCCAUAGUCAAAUCAAGGAAAAUGUUUACCAUUGAAACCUGGUUAAGUUGCUUCCAUAUUUUUAUUGCAAUAUACACUAGACAACACCCUCACGAGGCGCCGGCUCUCAUGAAGUAUUGUGGGGUGAUCCAGGAUUUGGCAGCAAGUGGUUUUUACUGGUGCUUUUACGAUGAAAAUUUUUGUCUUUUGAGACAAGCGCAGCCCUCCUCCUUUCGUUGGUGUAACAUCCACUGGGAGCUGUGGAUGCGCACUCAACACUCUACUUCGGGUAAGCCACAAAUACUUCCAGGGUGUCUAAGAUCUCAUGAGCAAGGUAUUCCUAAAGGUUUUUGUUUCAAAUUUCAUGGAGGUGCCCAGUGUGUCCCUGGUUGUGCUUUUAAGCAUUUAUGUUACAAAUUCGAAGGCCCUCAAAAAGCCAGUCAUUGUAAUUUUCGUUCCCAAAGCAAAAAACACUGGGAAACAAUCCUUCCUGCCAAGUCCCAACCCUCAAAGCCUUAACUUGCCAACACCCAUAAAUGCGGAAAGGUUGGUAUUCCUUCUUUCUGGUAGGUUUUAGCGAAGGUUUUGCUAUACACUACGAUGGUUUACGUGAGUCAUCAGAUGCCAAAAAUUUAAUUUUGGCCUUGGAAAAUCCUGAUGUUGUGGAUAUCAAAAUAAAAAAGGAACUUGAUGCCGGCCGUUUGCCUGGUCCUUUCAUUGCUCAUCCCUUUCACCCUUUCCGCAUUUCUCCC